GAAAUUUUCAAAAACUAUUUUAUCGAUCGAUGUUGUUCAACAACCUUAUUAUUUGGUAUUCAAUAAUGUAGUCAAGAUGUUCGAUAGAUGUUUAGAGAAAGGGCCGAAAGAAGUGGUCGGAUUUUUAGCAUCCAAUACUUUUUUAUUCAAAUGA